AUGGCCCAAGUUAUCGUCGUCGGUGGCGGUCUUGCCGGCCUCUCGGCUGCGCACACACUCCUUGAGCGCGGAGCCAACGUCCUCCUGCUCGACAAACAGCCUUUCAUGGGAGGCAACUCCACCAAGGCGACGUCCGGUAUCAAUGGUGCUGGCACGCAGACCCAGCAGGAGCUCGGCAUUCCCGACAACGCGAGAGUCUUCUUCGAGGACACGAAGAAAUCGGCUCGUGACCUCGCACGCGACGAUCUCAUCCGCGUCCUCACCGGCCGCUCAGGAGAUGCCGUCAAUUGGCUACAGGACAAGUUCGCCCUCGACCUCUCCAAGGUUGCCCGGCUUGGUGGCCACUCCCAGCCCCGUACGCACCGCGGCAACGCCCAGUUCCCCGGUAUGGUCAUCACCUACGCCCAGAUGGAGCGCCUCGAGGAUCUCGCGGAGAGCAUCCCCGACCGCGUAAAGAUCAAGAAGAAGGCGCGCGUCACGAAGCUUGUGAAAGACGAGGCUGGCGCGGUCGUUGGCUGUGAGUACACCUCCGGUGGCAAGACCGAGACCGCAUACGGCCCCGUUAUCCUUGCGACUGGUGGCUACGCUGCCGACUUCACCGAGAACUCCCUCUUGAAGAAGCAUCGCCCCGAAUACUACAACCUGUCCACUACCAACGGCGAGCACUGCACCGGUGACGGUCAGAAGAUGGCCAUGGCCGCUGGGGCCAGCGCCAUCGACCUCGAGAAGGUCCAGGUACACCCGACUGGUCUCAUUGACCCUAACGAGCCCAGCGCGAAGGUGAAAUUCCUGGCCGCCGAGGCUCUCCGUGGUGUUGGUGGCCUCCUUCUCGACAACACCGGUGCGCGUUUCGUCGACGAGCUCCAGCACCGUGACUAUGUCACUGGCAAGAUGUGGGAGAACGGCAAGUUCCCAAUCCGUCUCGUUCUCAACGGCCCCGCCUCAAAGGAGAUCGAGUGGCAUUGCAAGCACUACGUUGGCCGUGGGCUCAUGAAGCGCUACGAGAGCGGUGAGGCGCUCGCGAAGGACAUGGGCAUCUCACCAGCUACGCUCAAGAAGACGUUCGACGACUACAACGCCGUCACGAAGUCGAAGAAGGACCCCUUCGGCAAAAAGUUUUUCGCCCCUGGCGAGUGGAAGAUGGACGACAUCUUCAACGUCGCCCAGAUGGAACCCGUCCUACACUACACUAUGGGUGGUCUCGAGAUCGACGCCGAGUCGCGUGUCGUCGACAAGACUGGAAAGCCUAUCCCUGGUCUUUUUGCCGCGGGUGAGGUCGCGGGUGGUGUGCACGGCGCCAAUCGUCUCGGUGGUAGCUCACUGCUUGGUUGUGUCGUGUUCGGUCGUGUCAGUGGCGACUCGGCGGCGUCCUACCUCCUUCAGCGUGUCGGCCCUCUGGCUGAGAAGGCUGCUGGCCGUCUUGGUGCCGUUGCUAGUCAUAUUGGGGCUGAGAGCAGCUCAAGCAAGCCUACCACCGCGUCCACCUCGGAGGAAAAGAAGACAAGCUCUUCGUCGUUGUCAUCAUCAUCAUCAUCUGGAGGCGCGUGGACGGCCGACGAGGUCGCGAAGCACAACAAGAAGGAUGACUGCUGGGUGAUCAUCGACGGCAAGGUCCUCGACGUCACCAGCUUCCUCCCCGACCACCCUGGAGGCGAGAAAGCCAUCAUCUUGUACGCUGGCCGCGACGCGACGGAGGAGUUCAACAUGCUCCACGACCCCAAGGUCAUUCCCCGGUAUGCGCCGGAAUCGGUGAUCGGCUCAGUGAAGAAGUAG